AUGGGAAUUUUUGAGACUUUGAGGAAGAGAGUGUGGCAAGUGAGGAUGAUGAGAUGGACAGGAUAUUGCCUUUUAGCGCACACAGGAUAUAUAUGGUUCACUGAUCUUGCUUUGAUUAAAGCUUUUGAGCAAGAAGUAUUAGAGGAGCACGCAGAACUGGAGAAAAAAGUUGAAAAAGAAUACAAUAGGAUAAUAAGUGAGAAAUAA